CUCCGUUGCCACCCCACCCCACCCCGAUGGAUCCAUCUCACCUACUCUACUCAUCAGCCGUCGGCGCUCCCCCAUUAUAUGUACCAUGCCGAUCGCGCAGCAGAGCUCACGCACUCAGAAGCAGAGGAGAACGAAGGAGAGACAGAGUGAUCGAGCGUACGUGAAGAGACACGCUUGAACUUGAUGGAAGCCGCCGCGGGUCAGGGAGAGCGCCCGACGCCGCCGCCGCUGCCGCUGGGGGUGCGGCUCCAGCUGGCGGGCCUCACGGCUGCCAUCGACGCCGUGGAGCGCAGCGACGGCACCGUCAACCGCUGCCUCUACUCGGUGAUCGACCGGCUGCUGAGCGCGCGCGCCAACCCGCGCCCGGACGGCUCCGGCGUGCGCUCCUACGACUUCACCGUCGACGCCUCCCGCGGCAUCUGGGCGCGCGUCUUCGCGCCGGUCUCCUCGGCGGUGCCGCUGCCCGUCGUCGUCUACUACCACGGCGGCGGCUUCGCGCUCUUCUCCCCGGCCAUCGGCCCCUUCAACGGCGUGUGCCGCCGCCUCUGCAGCGACGUCGGCGCCGUGGUCGUGUCCGUCAACUACCGCCUCGCCCCGGAGCACCGCUACCCGGCGGCGUACGACGACGGCGUCGACGCGCUCCGCUUCCUCGACGACGCCGGAGGCGUCCCGGGCCUCGGCGACGGCGUCCCCGUCGACCUCGCCAGCUGCUUUCUCACCGGGGAGAGCGCGGGGGCCAACAUCGUCCACCACGUCGCCAGCCGCUGGGCCGCCGAGCACCAGCACGCCGCCAAGUCCCUCCGCCUCGCCGGCAUCAUCCCCGUGCAGCCCUACUUCGGCGGCGAGGAGCGGACGGAGUCGGAGCUCAGGCUGGAGGGCGUGGCGCCGGUGGUGAACCUCGAGCGCUCCGACUUCUCGUGGAAGGCGUUCCUGCCCGUGGGAGCCACCCGCGACCACCCUGCGGCGCACGUGACCGACGACAACGCCGAGCUGGCCGAGGAGUUCCCGCCGACGCUGCUGGUGAUCGGCGGGUUCGACCCGCUGCAGGACUGGCAGCGGCGGUACGCCGACGUGCUGCGACGGAAGGGGGUGAAUGUUCAGGUGGCGGAGUACCCGGACGGCUUCCACGGGUUCUACGGCUUCCCUGUCGCUGACGCCGGCAAGGUUUUCCUGAAGAUGAAGGCCUUCGUGGAGAGCAACAGGGCGGCGCCGGCGAAAUCCACCGCCCGAUGAGGAAGAUGCCGUGAUCCAAGGUUCGGUGGGCGAUCAGGCCAACUCCACCCGCGCCACCCCAAACGAACGUCCAUUUUGUCUUGUUUUUGUCCUUUUGGAUAAGGAUUUGGGGUUAUGUCCGGGCCUGUUCUGGAAUGUGGUGGCUGUGCGCCCACCGCGCGGACACAUCCCGGCCGCAUCUUGUCUGCGUAUUAUUUCUUUGCAAGUCCUUAACUUUAUUUCAUCAUUCAUUUUUGGUACA